UUCUUGCCGGACAUUAUUUGUAGCUGCACCGCCACAACCCGGAACAACACCGCCCGCGCAAAAUGUGCAAAGCGGUGCAAAGUUUUUCUGCAUAAAAUCACACCUGUGGGGACAAAUUUAAGAUGCUUUACUGGAUGAAAAGGUCCGGCGGCGGGUCCGAGACCACCGACGACCUCAACAACAUGUCUAAAACCGACAUACUGAGAGGAAUAGUCACCGAGAAACUGACAACGGCUGCGCAGGAAAUUUUAGCGGUUGUCGAGAGAACUAUGGCCGGCUACGAGGAGGAGGCGUCAGGCUUCAGACGGGAGAUCGACCGGCAGAGGAGGCAGCUGGAGCUCCUGCAGCCUCGGGUCCGACUAGAUAGAAGAGCUGAAGCCCUGGGACCGGAUGGAGACGGCCAUGCUGCUGUUGUUCUGAGUGUGGAGGGGGAAGAGGAGCAGCAGCGCACACAGCCGUCAGGUAACUCCGGUAACUCUGGCGAGGAAGACGACGGGGACUUCCUGUGGUACGGAGACGAUGAUGAUGAUGGUGAUGGUGAUGGCGGAGAUGAAGAGCAGCAGCUGUCAUCGCGGCCGGCGGCGAGCUCUCGCCAGAAACGAGAAGAUCUGAAGGACCCGGACUUCCAAAUAACGCCAAGCAGGUUCUCUUCCCCCAGACUCCCCGGCGGCGAGCGGCGCCGGCCGGGCAGACCCCGAAACCCGGACUCCCAGAAGCACCUGGACCUGCGGGUCUGCUUCCUGCAGGACUCCCACGGCGACGUGCUCUCCAACAGGGUGUUUAAGAAGAACCCGGUGCAGGAGCUGCGUUGUCCCCGCGGCCUGCGGGAGGAGGACUUCCUGCAGCUGCUGCGCUCCACCUUCCCCCAGCUCGCCGCCCACGAGCCCUUCGAGCUCUUCACCACCGAUUGGUCGCGGCGGCUCCAGCCGCUGCGCGUCGCGGCGCUGACGCCCGAGGAGAUCUGGAGCAGCAGGUCAGGAGACGGGAGCCGGCCGAGGAACUCGGCGCUCUACAUCCGACUCAAGAGCGGCGGAGAGGAUCCUCCGCAGAGACCGGAAGGUUCUCCGUCGGCCUCGGCAACGACGUCAGCCGAGGAAACGGAGACGAGCGCCAGGUUAUCGUCUCCCAGAGUUGAGUCUGAAAGGCGGCGUCGCGGCCGACCUUCCCUCGGAGAGAAACCGACCCACCUGGUCUUCAAGGUGUGCGUGCUGGAGGACCCUCAGACAGACGUGCUCUCUAACAAAGUGUUUCUGAAGUCGCGAGACCUGUCGUGUCCCCGUGGGCUGACGGAGGAGGACUUCCUGUCCCUGCUGCGCUCCAGCUUCCCUCAGCUCGCCGGAGACGACAAAACCUUCGCCAUCUUCAAGUCGGACCGCAGCCGGCGACUCCAGAGACUCAAAGUGAAGAAGAUGACGCCGGAGAACAUCAUCAGGAUCACCAAGUUCCUCUACGUCCGACUGAAGACAGGAGAGGAAGAGGAAGGAGAGGAGGAGGAAGGAGAGAAGGAAGAGGAGGAAGGAGAGGAAGAAGAGGAUGAGGAGGAAGGAGAAGAGGGGGAAGAUCCUAACCUUUUAUGGAGCCCCGAUGGCGUCCCGACUGAUUCUCUGUCCGCUGCUGCUGUGGGGGUAAAAAGUGAAAAAAGCCGCCGCCGUUCAAGCGCUGUUCAGCAGGACACGGAGACGCAAGAGGCCGAGAGCCAGCUGGACUCUGGCGGAGACGCAGACGGAGACGAGGCGUUGGACGGAGACGACGAAGACGGCGACUGGAAACCCGACAGCGACCCUGAGCCGCGGACCUCGAAGCCGCCACCGCCCGCUCGCAGGAAGCGCAGAGCCAAAACGCCGGGCCGCGUGGAGGGGAAGCUGAUCGAGCGUAAAACGCCGUGUAAAGUCUGCGGCGUUUGGUACCGGCUGAUGGGCAGCCUGAUCAAACACGCGUGGAGCCACGCCGAGGAAUCGCCGCACCUCUGCGGCGUUUGCGGCGAGAAUUUCGCCUCGCCGGAAGACCUAAAGGGACACCUCAAGACCUACCAGAAGACCCACGAGUGCUCGUAUUGCUCCAAGGCUUUCUUCACCGUCACCGGCCUCCAGUACCACACCACGCGCCACACGGGCGACCGGCCGUUCAAGUGCGACUUGUGCAACAAAACCUUCCCGCGCCUGUCGAGUCUGAGCGUGCACCGAUGGGUCCACGUGGAGGACAAGCCCUACAAGUGCGAGGUCUGCCCGAGAGCGUUCGGUUUGAAUGCGCAGCUCCAGGCGCACGUCCGCUCGCACGCCAGGCGAGACAAGUACCAAUGCAACGUCUGCGGUAAGUUCCUAACCGACCUGCGGUCCCUGUCCCGCCACAAGACGGUCCACUCGGGCGAGCGGCGCUACGGCUGCGAGGUCUGCGGGAAGCGCUUCAAGCUGGCCAACGCGCUCAAGUCGCACCAGCUGACGCACACGGAGCGCGAGCGCCCGUUCCUCUGCCACAUCUGCUGCAACACGUUCACCACCAACUGCACGCUCAACGCCCACUUCCGGCGCAUGCACUGCAGCGAGCGGCCGUUCGCCUGCACCGUGUGCGGCAAGGGCUUCAUAUCCAACGGCGAGCGCAAGGCGCACAUGCGCACGCACACGGGCGAGGCGCCGUACGGCUGCUCCGAGUGCGGGCGCUUCUUCAAGCGCAAAAGCCACCUGAACAACCACGUGCGGAGCCACCUGGGCAUCAAGCGCUACGCGUGCGCCGUGUGCGGGAAGGCGUGCUCGCGCCAGGAGCACCUGACCGUGCACAUGCGGACGCACAACGGCGAGCGGCCGUACCAGUGCACGCUCUGCGACAAGGCCUUCACGCAGAGCCACUGUCUGAAAACGCACAUGAAGAGCCACCGGGGCGGCGGCGAGGGAGACGAGCUAUCCUGUGACUCCAUGACUGUCCCGGGACAGCCAGACACUGUCCUGUGAC